AUGUUCUUAACUAGAAGUGAGUACGAUAGAGGAGUGAACACCUUCUCUCCAGAAGGACGCUUGUUCCAAGUUGAAUAUGCUAUCGAAGCUGUUAAGUUGGGUUCUACUAGUAUUGGGAUCAAAACCAAUGAAGGUGUUCUCUUAGCUGCUGAAAGACGUUCAACUUCCAAACUUAUGGUGAACGAUGCUAUCGAAAAAAUCAGUAAAGUUGAUGAACACAUCGGUGUCACUUUCGCUGGCCUGAUCGCUGAUUCCAGAACUCUUGUAGAAAGGGCUCAGAUUGAAGCUCAAAACUUCUGGUUCACAUACAACAGAAAAAUCCGUGUUGAGGAUGUCACCCAAUCGGUCGCUAAUUUGGCUCUCCAAUUCGGAGACGAUGAUGCUAAGGCUUCAAUGUCUCGUCCUUUCGGUGUAGCCAUGCUUUUCGCUGGAGUUGACCAAGAUGGACCCAGACUUUUCCAUCUCGACCCCUCUGGUACUUUCAUCAACUGUAAAGCCAAGUCCAUUGGAGCAGCUAGUGAUGGAGCCGAACAAAACUUGAAAGAUCAAUACCAUGAUGAUAUGACUUUGAAGGAAGCCCUUAAGGUCUCGUUGGCUAUUCUUAAGCAGGUCAUGGAGGAGAAGUUAAACUCAGCCAAUGUUGAAGUUGUGGUAAUUAAGCCUAAAGAGGAUGAGAAAGGACGACAAAUCGGAACAUUCGAGCGUAUUACCAAUACAGAGUUGGAUGAAGUCAUUGGCUCUUUAUAA